GGAAGCGGCGGGGCUGAGGGGGGAGCUCGGAGCCGGGCCGGUCAUGGCGGAGCUGCCCGGCGGCGGGGCGCGGCUGCCGGAGCUGCUGGCCACGGGCUGGCGGCUGUGGGAGGAGGUGGAUGCCGGCACCGAGCCGUCCUCGGGGGCUCCGUCCGUGCAGGAGAAGGUGCGGCAGGGGCUGGGCGCGCUGCGGCAGGCGGCCGCUAUGGUGGCGGAGCUGGAGCUCUUCAGCGAGAACGAGGAGCUGGAGGAGGUGGCGUCGGCCGACCUGAGGUACCUGGCGGUGCCCGCCCUGCUGGGCGCCCUGACCCUGCGGCAGGUGGACGCCAGCCGCCGGCGGGAGCACCUGGAGGCGGCCCGGGCCCAUUUCUGCCGCUUCCUGCAGCUCUGCCGGGCCUACGGGCUCAGCGCCGCCCCGCCGCCCGCCGCCCCGGGGACCGAGAGGAGAGGAGGAGAGAAGGAGAAGGAGGCCGCCCGCACCGGUGCCCGCGGCCCCGCCGCCCAGCGCAGCCUGCUGGCUAUGGCAGCCGGCCGGCAGGCCAAGAUCGAGAGGUACAAGCGAAAGAAGGAACUGGAGAACAGGCUGGCCUCUAUGAGAACCUUUGUGGACAGUGGGCAGGCAGAUGAGGAUCAGAUGCGGGAAUUCUACCUACUGCAAAUCCAGAAAUGGGUCAACAUCAGCUUUGAGGAAAUCGAGAGCAUUGACCAUGAAAUGGUAAUCCUGAGGAACAGAGAUGCAGCGAAACAGUCUUCAGCACCACCUCACGGUACUUCCCGGCAAGUCAGAGCUCCACUGAAACCUUUCAUUCUUACCCGGGACGUUGUUCAGUCUAAGGUGUUUGGUGCUGGCUAUCCCAGCCUCCCAACUAUGACCGUAAAUGAUUGGUAUGACCAGCGCAGAAGGGAAGAAGCAAUGCAUGGUCAGAGUGCACCUCAGAAGCCAUCAGCAGAUACAGCUGAUGAAGAGUUGCAGAAGCAGCAGCAGGAGAAAAAGGAGGAGGAGGACGAUGAGGAAGCUCUUCAAAAAGCUCGAGACUGGGAUGACUGGAAAGAUACACACCCGAGAGGCUACGGCAAUCGGCAGAACAUGGGCUGACGCUGUGGCAGCAGAGAGCAGGGCCUGGAAAUCCUGUAAGAAUUGCCAUGUGUCUUGGCGAUAUAGGAAUAAAUGCACUGUACAUACGCAGAGGUGUCCUUGGCUUCUCUGGGAGUCACUGGAGUCGGAGGAGUAAACGCGACAAUUUGCUUUGGUUUACAUGAAAUGUCAGACUGAGAGCGAGCUCGUCAUGGACAGUGGCACCGCAGAGCUCCUGUCAGCGGGGCGCUGUCUGAGGGGCCAGACUGCCUCUGCUCUCCCAGUCAGAGGAAGUCCUUGAAAGAAAAGUACAUGAAUUUGGAAACUUCUCUUUGUAUUGUUGGUGGAUGUAUUUAUUUUUUUUCCUCUAUAUUUUAGACUAAAUAAAAUCUCUUGUUCUGCCUA